CCCUAUCUACACUAACGAAUUUCGACUACAUUGUUCUUCUGGUUUUUGAUCGGUCGAAUUCACAACUCUCAAUCAAGACAUUUCAACAAAAUGGGCGAUGCUGGCGUCCCCAUUGGCCCCAAUGAGACAGCCACACUUCCUUCAUCCCAUCCUACUAAAUCAUUCUGGCAGACCUCGCAUCCCAACCCAGUAUCUCACCACCGAUCAACCCCAUCAUUACCUUCCAAAGCAAGCAUCGUUGUCAUUGGUACUGGCAUUACUAGCGUCUUUGCCGUGGAUGAAUUACUAGCUCGAUCACAGGGUCUUGAUGUGCUCGUCCUUGAUGCUCGGACAACCUGUUCUGCCGCGACUGGUCGAAAUGGCGGACAUCUGGUUCCUCUCGUCCACGAGCAACGACCAGGCAUCAUCGCCUGGGAGCUCCGCAAUUACCACCACGUCGCCAAUCUGAUCGAGUCGAGGAAGAUCCCCUGCGACUUUCGUCGUCUACAGUCGUGCAUCGGCUUUUGGAACCAAACCUACUUCGAAGAGGCCAAAGAGGCCUUGAAGCAGGCUACCGAACUCGCACCUCAACAGACAAAUGGCCAAGUCCGUGUCGUCGAAGACCCGGACGAGUUGACACGUCUGAACCUCGUUCACGCUGUUGGCGCCUUGGUGCAGACCACCGCCGCUAGCCUGAGCCCUUAUAAGCUCGUCAUUUGGCUCUGGCAGGAUUUGCUCGAUCGAUAUCAGGCUAGCGGACAGCUCAACCUGCAGACCGAGACGCCAGUUAACGAGAUCCAAUCGAGCUCAUCUGGCGACUAUACUAUUGUCACCCAUCGAGGCACCGUUCAAACUCGCCAUAUACUCCUCGCCACCAAUGGCUAUACGUCCCAUCUUCUCCCAUGCUUCAGCAAGCUAAUCUCCCCGCGUCAAGCUCAAAUGACGGCACUGAUACCGCCGCAAGCGUCGCCGUUCUCUCGGAUGCUGAUCCCCCAAAGCUACGGCUUCUCCGGCGUUGCAGGUAUGGACCGCGAAAUGUCUGACUACUUGGUACAGGCGCCCAUAUCUGACUCGGAUUCGAACUUUCACCCUGAUCCUCUGGACCGUCACGCUAUCGCCUCACAAGGCGGGCAACUCAUGUACGGAGGUGGACGACAGCAUGCUAGUGGCAACGGCAACUAUAACAGCGACGAUAGCUAUGUCGAUCCAGAGGUGGAGAAGUAUCUGCGAACAUUGCCUGCACGGUUGGACCUUGGGAACUCCUCGAACACAACUAGCCGUAGCCACCAAGGCCAGACUUUGUCGCCGCCCAAAGAUGACUCUGACCUCCAGCUCGAGUUGCAGGCCUCAUGGACGGGUAUCAUCGGCAGUUCCGCAGAUGGCCAUCCAUGGGUCGGUGCUGUGCCUGAUCACCCGGGCCUCUUCAUCGCCGCUGGCUACAGUGGACAUGGAAUGCCUAAUGCCCCGCUGAGUGGCCGUCAUGUCGCCCGCCUCCUCCUCCAGAGUCUCAAGACCGUUGACGUAGAUUGCACCCUUCUACAGGAACACGAAGUUCAACCUUCCAACUCGUCUGCGGAUGCUGCUUUGCCCAUCGAAUAUCUCGUCACCAAGGAGAGAAUGCAGAAAUUUAAUCUGUGAAAUAUAUGCUUCGAGACCAGGAAGUCCUUUUGAACGGGACAAUACUGCUCCACAUCUGACUGAACAUAUGUUCUUGAAAACCCCUGCUGAUCCUUGGAACAAUGUGGAUCUCUGAGACGAAGAAAGCUAACUCCAUGCACUAUGUUGGCUUUGUGCUGGAUCAUGCUCUCUGCUUGCAAACAUCCACCAUCAUCGGCUACAAGUAUUAUUGAUUUGGUCUUUUUUCAUGCUUUCUGUUCCCGUAACCAGAUUGUUCGACUUCUUUCAUGUCUUGAUGGAACCCGAAUGCAACAUCUAAGCUUGACUUCAACAAAUGUUCCAACAGAAGCCCAUGACACUCAUUUCAUGUAAUAAUAUCAUGC